AUGGGUUUCACCCCUAUCAAGUUUAGUCUGAUCUUCGUGCAUGUACUGACUUUCUUGCUUUUCACGGACUGGGCGCUAGACACGCUACAUGGUUUCUAUGAAAAGGACUGCCCCCCGAAAAAGUGCUCAUUGGUGCGGAGUUUAAUCAAGAAGAAGUCCUUGGCCAUUCUGACGGCAUUCUUGGCGCUCGUGCCUAUGGCUUUCAGGCUCGCUGACCUAGUCCGAUUUUACAAGGGAUUGCGCGAUCGGUAUACUCCUAAGGGUGGAUUGCCUUGGUCAUUUGGACAAGUCACGGCAGUAGCAGUCUGGCUCCCUGUGGUCUGCAAGUUCUUGCACUAUUGCGUAGUAAAAGAUGGUGUCCAGGCCCGCAUCGAUAAGGACGAAUAUGUCGUAUCACGUCGCGAGACCGCCAUUUCAGAAUUGAAGAGUUCUGAAGAACCUGGGCUGGAUAAUGUUUCCUUGAUUAGACCUGCUGUUCCGGGAAGCAAGGUCGAGGCGGAGCCGAUUGAGAUGCGAGCCUCACUGGAUGCUUCGGUGGAAAGCUUGCUCAUGAUACCACAUGCAGGCUGGAGUCCUGACAUGGAAACCCCAUGA